GUAUCCAAGUGUAUCUACCUAUCUAUCUACCUCUUGACACGUCCUGUUCCAUCAGCCCCCAUUUCCUCACCUCCGCAUCGGUCUCAUCGAAUUCAUCACCUUCCUCUCUGUCUCCGUCUCUCAAAAAUACACACAGACACCAGAAAGGCACUAGCAUUUUUAGCUCCACCAUCAUGCAAGCCCUUCAAUCCCCACCUCUCCGAGUCUCCCCACUCGACCCACUUCGCAAGCAAUCACCAAAUCUCACGGCCACCAGAACCACAAAGAGAGUUUCAUUCAUCUCAGCCUCAACCCAACCCAUCACAACUUCACCUCCCAAGCGCGAAAAAGACCCACAAAAACGGGUUGUCAUCACCGGCAUGGGCUUAGUAUCUGUCUUUGGCAACGACGUUGACACUUACUACGACAAACUACUUAGUGGCGAGAGUGGUAUUACAUCCAUUGAUCGUUUCGAUGCGUCCAAAUUUCCCACCAGAUUUGGUGGGCAGAUUCGUGGGUUCAGCUCGGGGGGAUACAUUGAUGGCAAAAACGAUAGGAGGCUCGAUGAUAGUUUGAGGUAUUGCAUUGUUGCUGGCAAGAAAGCGCUCGAGGAUGCUGAUCUCGGUGGCGAUAAACGUUCGAAGAUUGAUAAGGAGCGAGCUGGUGUGCUUGUUGGGACAGGGAUGGGUGGCCUUACAGUUUUUUCUGAUGGUGUUCAGGCUCUCAUAGAGAGAGGUUACAGGAAAAUCACACCAUUUUUCAUACCUUAUGCUAUUACAAACAUGGGUUCUGCCUUGCUUGCAAUUGACAUUGGUUUUAUGGGACCAAACUAUUCAAUUUCAACUGCUUGUGCCACUUCCAACUAUUGCUUCUAUGCUGCUGCAAAUCACAUCCGUCGAGGUGAGGCUGAUAUGAUGAUUGCUGGUGGAACUGAAGCUGCCAUUAUUCCUAUUGGAUUGGGAGGUUUUGUUGCUUGCAGAGCUUUGUCUCAGAGAAAUGAUGAUCCACAAACUGCUUCUAGGCCAUGGGACAAAGAUCGAGAUGGAUUUGUCAUGGGUGAAGGAGCAGGAGUUUUGGUGAUGGAAAGCUUGGAACAUGCAAUGAAAAGAAAUGCACCAAUAAUAGCUGAGUACCUUGGAGGUGCAGUAAAUUGUGAUGCUUAUCAUAUGACCGAUCCAAGAUCUGAUGGACUUGGUGUUUCUUCAUGCAUUCAGAGUGCCCUUGAGGAUGCUGGCGUGUCACUAGAGGAGGUUAACUAUAUAAAUGCACAUGCUACUUCCACAAUAGUUGGUGACCUGGCUGAGGUGAAUGCUAUUAAAAAGGUAUUUAAGAGCACAUCAGAGAUCAAAAUGAAUGCGACGAAGUCUAUGAUAGGGCAUUGCCUUGGUGCUGCUGGGGGUCUGGAAGCUAUUGCUACAGUGAAGGCCAUUACGACAGGGUGGCUUCAUCCUACUAUAAAUCAAUUUAAUCCAGAGUCUUCGGUUGAGUUUGACACUGUUGCAAACAAAAAACAGCAGCAUGAAGUGAAUGUUGCCAUCUCAAAUUCAUUCGGAUUUGGAGGACACAACUCCGUUGUGGCUUUUUCUGCGUUCAAGCCCUGAUCGAGUUGUCUGCAUUUCUUUUAGCUGACAGCCAUCACUGCUAUUCGAGGAUUGAUUUAAUUUCUCGUAGAGGCUGUUUCACUAUCUUUUUGCAAGUUUCUGUUUUAGCACUUCGAGCAUUUAGAGUUGUCACUGAUGUAACUAUUUUGGGUUUAACUCUAGAUUAAGGACUCAUGUUUGUUUUACCAAAAGAUCCAUUGGAAGUUGGAACCUAUGAGGCUGUGUUAGGCACCGAAUUCAUCAAAGUUUUGAGUUGUGUAGUUGAGAGGGAUACUGUACUUUGCGUUCAAGAACCUUCCAUUGGCAUUUGUGUUGCUGUUUGGAGCAUUUUUUUUUAUUUGAAUCCGAUAAUGUAAUAUCAAUAACCAGGUUAUCUGGCAUCUCAAAUUUUGAAAAAAUUGCUGCUUCCAAGCAAUUCCAUUAUGUUCCAAG